AUGGACACCCUCCCAGGCAUCCAGCUCGGCAUAGGCCGUCUGCAUAUCCCUCUCCUGCCCUGCCGUAAGCGCCUCGCCACGCCUACGCUUCUGGAGGAGUUUGCGGGUCCUUGCGGCGAAGAACUGGCAUAUCUCCGGGAUAAAGUGCCUUCUGAAGACCACCUUGAUGAAGUCCGCGACGGCCUGCGUGUUAGCGGCUAUAAGUUAGACCUGGGCCUCGGCCUCGCGCCCCGCGGCAACCUGCUUGCCGUAGUAAAACUGGAGCGUGGCCGCCUGGAGGAGGUGGACCUUCCUGUCCCUAACGCCGGGCCAGUUGCACAUCUCUAUGCGGCCUCUGCCGGCAAACCCUAG